AUGGCCGCCUUUGAGGACUGUUGUCAGGAAUUUCUUCAAAUGUUUGGCUUAAAUAAAUUUAAAAAUACACAAAUAAUAGCUUUAAAAGAUCUGCUAUUGGGCAAAGAUGUGUUUGUCAACCAACCAACUGGUCCAGGGAAGUCUUUGAUAUUUCAAGCCUUUCCAAUUCUUUUUGAUAUGGUGAAACGUUCUCCGUCGAGAAGCAACACUAUUGUACUUGUGAUCUCCCCACUUGUUUCACUUAUGCAGGAUCAAGUUUCUUUCCUCAAAAGCAAAGGAAUCCGUGCUGCAUAUAUUGGAGAAGAACAGGCCGAUGAACGUGUUAAAAAGGAUGUAGAAAAUGGAACAUUUCAACUCGUAUACGGCUCUCCAGAGUCUUUUCUUCAAAAUCAACACUGGCGAAAGGUGCUUGCAACGGAUGUAUACCAUAACAAUGUGAAAUUAAUAGCUGUGGAUGAAGCGCACUGCAUUUCUGACUGGGGAUUUUCUCCUCGAAAAGGCGAAAAGAUAUUCCACGUUUGGUUUAGCAGGAUUAACGAAUUGCGAUCAAUUGUUCCCGGUGGUGUCCCCUUGGUUGCAUUGACAGCAACUGCUACAAAAAGAACAAGGGAAUGCAUCAUGCAUGCACUAGAAAUGAAGAAUGCAACUAUUAUAAAAUAUUUCCCUGAUAAGCCCAACAUUACGUAUUCUGUUCAAAUUGUUGGCACCAAAACAUUGGAAACGUUCCACUCACUUAUUGCAGAGGUUGAACAACAGGGAGCAGCAUGUGAUCGAGUUAUUAUUUACUGCCAAACAAUUAAAAUAACAACCAUGAUUUAUGCACAUUUUCAAGCAGAAUUAGGACAAAAUAUGUACAAGGGUAAUAUAGAAGACCCCAAGAAUCGCCUUGUUGAAAUGUUCCAUGCUCGUACUGAUGAACUUAAUAAGUGUCACAUCCUGGUUGUUUACCAUUUACAAGGAAAACCCAUCCGGUUUGAAAUUGUGCUAAUGGUAAGCAAAAUUUCGGAUAGAAAAUCCCAUUCGGAUUAUGCGCUUUCCAUUUAGAGUGACUGACAGGAAGGCACUGAAGGGUUGUUUACCAUUUACAUGGAAAACCCAUUUGGUCUGAAUUAAAUUGCGAAGAGCCUGGAACUGGUGUAAAAAUAAAAAAGAUGUAAAUGGAACAAAAUUCACCAGUUGAAACGUUCCAAUCGGUAAGAGAGGACAACCUUUUCAAACAAACCGUUUAUUCCAGAAAAAUUCCGGUUGGGCCGUCGAAAUAUGCUUGUUCCAUUUACUUUCCGUAUGGAAUCACCGGAAUUUCCAUGUAAAUGGUAAACAACCCCUGUCUUCCUUUGCACAUGAAAAUGGUUGUAUACGUGUAUUGAUUGCAACAAUUGCAUAUGGAAUGGGCAUUGAUUGUAAGGCUGUUAAGACAAUCAUUCAUUAUGGCCCAUCUCGGAAUUUGAAAGCAUAUUUACAAGAAAGUGGACGAGCUGGUAGAGAUCAAAUUUCUCAGUGUCAAGCAAUAAUAUUGUACAACAAUGUAAUGCUCAAAUACUGUGAUGAAGAUAUUGUUGCCAACAAAAGUGUAUCUGUGAUGUUGGGUGUGGCAGUUUACUAUUGUUUUCAAAAUUGCAUAAUGACUGUAAGACAGUGUCAAGAUCAAGAAAUAUAAGUGAUGAGCAGAAAUCAAUCCUUACAUGUAAACUGGAAUAUCUCAAGCAAUACUAUCUCGGUCGGCUUGUUAAUUCAGAUGAAAGCUUUCAUGGUCAUUUACUUACUCCGAUUAAUUUUAUAUGUAGCUUUAAUGACAUACAGGAAAGCCAAGUACUACAGCAUUGCACAAAAUUGUUCACAUUGCAUGACAUCUAUUCAUAUAUUGACAUUUGGGAACCAGAUGUUUGCCAUGAUGUUUGCAAUGAUGUUUGCCAUUACACUUAAUUUUUGGAGAUGUUGAUUAUAAAGAAUGCACAACUUCAAAUGAUGAAUCUACUGAAAUUCAAUGUGCUCAAGUUCAAGAAAUGAUGGAUGCAUGGCAUCUGACAUCAGAUGAUGAACUUUUAUUGGAAUUUCCAGAUGAAUUUUCCAAUUUAUCAGAUGAGCAUUGA